AUGGUAAACGACCAAGUCAUCUUUACAAAGGGUCACUGCCAGCACACUACACCAACAGACACUUUAAAAGUGAAAACUACAAGUCCCCAAGCUGAGAAGGAAAUACAAGAUAAAGAAGCUCUGAAGCCAGCCCUCCAACCUCAUUAUAAGAACAAGAACAAAUGCACUGUUACAAUGAUUGGAGCUGCACCAUUCAAUAUGCUUCGGAAGCAGAAAGGAGCUAAGGUUUUUGCAGUAUCAUUUAAAGAUAUACUCGCUGAACAAGCAAAGGAGGAAAUAAAAGAAAUCAACCCAAAACUGAUCCUUCCAAACAGAUAUGCAGACCAUCACAUUGUGUUAGAAGGGAACUCGAAACUAGGGCAUGCACCACUCUAUAACAUGUCGUAUGAGGCUCAGCUUGUCCAAACAGAGCUCGAAAAGACAGUUCAGGUCAUUGAAAUACCAGAUAUUCAAGAUCAAGAAGAUGAGGAGUUUGAGGGGGAACAACAGCCUCAGAACGGGACAACAAUUCCGUACGAAUCAGAGGCAACAAACACCUCCUCUCCUCAAGAAGAGCCGCCUACUCAGAAGGACCACGGAGCUACAGAGCUACAGGAACAACUUCAAAUGCCUGAAAUGACACUGGAACACCCUGAGGACACCGUACGAAGACACGACGUCUACCUAGCUACAAUAGCGAUACCAGAAGCAAAGCUAAGCUUACACCAAGCUUUCCUAGUAGGAACGGAGUUCAAUCGACAGAGCAUACACCGUACGGACCUACCAGCUGCUCCAAAGUUCUGGAAUCAACUCCAAACUCAUCCACAUCGAAUAGUUGAUAGCAAACUGAGUGCAACGAAUGUCAGUAUGACAGUAGAUGCUUAA